UGUCCGGUGGGCAGAGUGUCCUUUGGACUGUCAUGGCGGCGCUGUGCAGUGUAGAGAUGUCUGGCAGCCGGUGUAACGAUUCCUCUGCUGGGAGGGGGGCAGCCCGGGUCACCGGUUAUUUUUGGGCUCUGUUCGCCGUUCUCUCCCUGUUGCUUCCUAUUGGGACGAGGGCCACUGUUUGUAGGCUGAAGACUGGAGAUGCCAGAGACUCGGAAGGUUGUGGAACAAACCUGGACUUAGAGCAUUCGUUUGAACUUGAUGAUAGCAUCCAGUUCAAAAAGAGGGGAUCGUUGCUGUGGAAUUCCGGGCCGGAGCAGAGCAUUGCCAUUUUACAGAAACAGCUGACCGAGGACGAGAGAAAUAAAUUAAGGGAUAUUGCAAACUUGAAUGGACUUUACCGAAUUAGGAUCCCCAGGAAGCUGGGACUUACAGAAGAAUCCAACGAAUAUGUCACUUCUUUUGUCCGAGCCUGUUCAAUGGUGGAAUCUCAUCUCUCCGACCAAAUCACCGUCCAUACAGACAUCGUAGGGAACAUUGUUGGCGUUUCCAUAGUGACGGUUCCUGGGUCCUGUAACGGAGCCGAAGUGGAAGACGUGGAUCUCGAAAUGUUUAACACCACGGUUCACAUUCAGCAGCCGAUAUCUGCUGCCGUACCUGAAACAGCGGCAUUUAUUGAACGCCUAGAGAUGGAACAAGCCCAAAAAGCAAAGAACCCUCAAGAACAGAAGUCAUUUUUUGCCAAAUAUUGGCAUUUAAUUCUAGGAGGGGCUGUGUUGCUAAUGUUAACCAAUUCGGCGAAAGUCCCGAGAGAUCCAGGACAGCGGGCCUGAGGAAUUGAAUGGAUGUACAUAAUUCCCGUGGUCCUGUUCCUCAUGAUGUCCGGCGCGUCGGAUGCCGGAAACCAAGGAGGCAACGGCGGUGGCGGCGGAGGAGGCAGGUGAUCACCACGGACUGGAAUUCUGAUACUUCCGUGUACAAAACACCCAAGCAAACAGACUGCCUACCUUCCGAAAUCUACGUUUACUCACCAACCUGCAUUCGAUGAACAAUUUCUCUUAAUUUAUUAGUACUUUUUUUUGUUGAGCGUAGGAGCCUGCGGGGGUAAGAUGGGAAUUGUUAGUGGCAAUGAAUACUGUCAAGCUACGGUCACGCGUCAUCAUUAUGAAUGCUACCACUGUACUCCUUGCUUCACGGACCUCUCUGCUUAUUGUUUCAUCUUGGAUAUUCUUUAAAGCCUUUAAACGACCUUGCUCAGGUGGA